AUGAAGUACAUUAUUGAACACAUGGAAGAAGGAUUCAGUGAAUGGGUGAUCCUAGAGUACGCCCAAGUCAUUAGAGAUCUAGGAUCUGAGAACCUGAUUCUUUCUUCUUUGCCAGAAGGCACAACCUCCGACAUGAUCCCUAAAAAACUGUUAGACAUGGGUCUACAAUGGACUACCAAGGAUUUAUCCCAUAUCCAUGAAGAUAUCGCUAAUGUAGAACAUAUGAAGAAUGGCCGUGUAUGCCUACUGGAUCCUCGAGCAACUACUGAUCUACAACCUAGUGAAGCAGACGAAUUCGACUAUUUUGUAUUCGGUGGUAUCUUGGGUGACCAUCCACCAAGAGAUCGUACAAAAGAACUAAAAGAGGCAUACCCUGACUUACUAGUCGGUAGAAGACUUGGUGACAAACAAAUGACCACAGAUACUGCAAUUAGAACCACUCAGAUCAUUAUUAGAGACCAAACUAAAUUUGAAGAUAUUAAAUUCUUUGACUAUCCGGAGUUCAAAUUCAACAAGUAUGAAGCCACCGAGAUGCCAUUCAGAUACGUAGUGGACAAGAAAGGGAAGCCAAUUUUACCAGAUGGCAUGCUAGAAUUGAUCAAGAGAGACUCAGAACAAUCCUUAGACGAUUUAUUAUGA